GGAUGUGCAUUAUUCAUGAGGCGGCGAAUGAGGGACCGGUCCGACCCCGCUAGGGCUCUUCAUUGGCCGCAGGAGGGAAGCCACGCCCCCGGCGGCCGCCUCGGGGCUCAGGCGCAGCGGGGCGCGCGGCGGCUGCCGGCCGGAGAAGAGGGAGGAGUUGGCGGUGCCGCCAUGGCGGACGGCGAGGGCUUGGUGUCCGUGGACUACGAGGUGUACGGCAAGGUGCAAGGCGUGUUCUUCCGCAAGUACACCCAGGGAGAGGCUAAGAGGCUGGGGCUUGUUGGCUGGGUCAGGAAUACCAGCCAUGGCACUGUUCAAGGGCAAAUCCAGGGUCCCACUGCCAGGGUGCAGGAGCUGCAGGAAUGGCUCAGGAAGAUAGGAAGUCCCCAGUCCCGUAUCAGCCGAGCAGAGUUCAGCAAUGAGAAGAAGAUCCAGGUGCUGGAGCACAAGGAAUUCCAGAUUUUGAAGUGACUUUGUCCAGGAAGAAGCAAAGUCUGGAGCGUGAGCUGUGCUCACAGAACAUUGCCCCUCUUCCUCACUCAUUCAGCCAAUGUUCAGCUCUAGAGAACUUUAUUUUAUUAAAUUUCUAAUUUAAUGUUUUGUUAGUUUGAUGCUCAGCUUUUCACAGAAUUCCAGUGGGUAGAGGAAGAGCUAUGUUGUCUCUGUUAAAGGGACUCUUCAGGGCCAGAACCUCUGUUUACAAGUGUGCGUGGUUUCGGGAGUUGUACAUGAGAUUAAUAUGAAAUUUGUCGAGUGUGGUGCUUAUGUGAAGAAAAUCACAGGGUCAGUGCCGCUAGAAAACAUCGCUAAAAGCAUUAUUUCGGUGUACUAAAUGUCUCAGACACAAUUUAUUUUAUCCCAGAACUUCAUAUUUUCUGUAGAAUAAAAUUGCUUGGAUUUCA